AUGGUUAAAUCCUGGCUCAAAACCGCCUCUGGUCUCAAAAGGCAGCAGUUUGAUAUUCAGCAGCAAGCUUUGAAGCUCACCGCAAACAGUAUGUACGGUUGCUUGGGCUUUACUAGUUCUAGGUUUUUUGCAAAGCCACUUGCCGAGCUUAUUACCCUGCAAGGUAGAGAGAUCUUACAAAACACUGUUAAUCUGGUUCAGAAUAAUUUAAACUUGGAGGUUAUUUAUGGUGACACGGACUCCAUAAUGAUAUAUACUGGACUGGAUGACAUCUCCAAGGCAAAAUCAAUUGCUGGAAAGGUCAUUCAGGAGGUGAACAAGAAGUACCGUUGUCUGGAGAUUGAUCUUGAUGGUGUAUACAAAAGAAUGUUGCUUCUCAAAAAGAAGAAAUAUGCUGCCAUUAAAGUGGCACUAGAUGGUAGUUUACGAGAGAACAUUGAGCGCAAGGGACUUGAUAUGGUCAGGCGUGAUUGGAGUUUGCUGUCAAAAGAAAUUGGUGAUUUUUGCCUGAAUCAAAUUUUGUCUGGAGGGACAUGUGAUGAUGUUGUUGAGUCAAUACAUAAUUCUCUCGUCCAGGUCCAAGCACAGAUGAAAAGUGGUCAAAUAGAGCUUGAAAAAUAUAUCAUCACAAAGAGUCUAACGAAAGCACCAGAAGAUUAUCCAGAUGCUAAAAACCAGCCUCAUGUCCAGGUUGCUUUAAGACUGAAGCAAAAUGGUUUCUCUGGAUGCUCUGCAGGUGAUACCGUUCCUUAUAUUAUUUGCUCACAACAGGAUUCAGAUAAAACACAUUCUGGGGGAAUUGCUCAAAGAGCUAGGCAUCCGGAUGAGUUAACACGAGACCCCAACAAGUGGAUGAUUGACAUCGAGUAUUAUUUGUCACAGCAGAUUCAUCCUGUGGUUUCUCGACUGUGUGCUUCAAUUGAGGGUACUAGCCCAGCCCGACUGGCUGAAUGUCUUGGACUUGAUUCCUCCAAGUUUCAAUCAAGAUCGACCGGGUCUAGCAACGAAGAUAUGUCUAGCAUGCUCUUAUCUGUAACUGAUGAUGAAGAAGAGAGAUAUCGUGGCUGUGAGCCGAUGCGCCUAUCAUGCCCAUGCUGUACCAGUACCUUCGAGUGUCCCCCUGUAUCCAGUCUGAUUGCUAGUUUAUCAGAUGCAAAUGAAGGAAAAGAUGCUAUUGUGAAUUUCUGGCGUCGGAUGCGAUGCCCAAGAUGUCCAGAUGAUACUGAUGAGUGCAGAGUUUCUCCUGCUGUGAUUGCCAACCAGAUAAAAAGACAGUUUCAUGAUGACGAGGGUUGCAAAUAUUCGACUCACAUUGUGAACCUUAGAGUGAUGGGGGAUUCUGAGAGAGGAACCAUCUGCCCGAACUAUCCACAAUGCAACGGCCGUUUAGUAAGACAGUACACAGAGGCAGAUCUAUACAGGCAAUUGUCCUACCUUUGCUAUGUACUUGAUGCAACCCGGUGUCUUGAUAAGUUGGACCAGAAGAUGCGGCUUCCUUUCGAGAAAGAGUUUGCAGUAUUAAACCAAACCAUAAGCUCGGCAUUUCUGGAGAUUCAGAAAAUCCGAGACAGAUGUGCUUUUGGAUGGGUUCAGUUGACAGAUCUAGCAGUGUCAAUCUGA